UGCAGUCUAUAUAAGUAUUGAAUACCAAACUUCGUAUCAUCUGUGAGUCAGUGGCUGCAGUAGUGUUGUGUUGUGUGCACCUAACGAAUUAACCAAGCAGCAAAAUGCAGUUCUCUACAAUCAUCGUGUUGGUCUGUCUGAUUGCGACUGUGGUAGCUAGUGUGCAUUACGAGAGGCGUGCGGACGCCGACAACCGCGACUUCAGCCCAUACGACCCUCUCGACGGCACGUCAGACCUCAAGAGGAGCCCCCGGAUGAAGAGAGGAUUGCUUUUGUUGAAGAAGAAGCUACUACUUGGUGCAUUGGGACUGAAGGCCGCGAAAGUGGGCGCUGUUGGAGCGGGCCUAGCGGGCGCCCUCGCGCUCAAGAGCAAAGCAUGGUCGGGUUAGAUAUCAAGCCUAGAACUUCAUGGUGUACCACCGUCCUAUAAGAUUUAGACAAUUUAUUAACUUUUUAAUUGUAAAAGUGGGUAAAUAUAAGCAGCCAUUUUGUGAGGCUAAUGCCAAUGAUUGUAAUUUAGGGAGGCUAUCACUUUUUGAGGGUUAACGAACUAUAAACUGCGAUUUAAAUUUUAUUAAAAUUUCUCGAAACAGUAUGCCAUAACGAAACUUAAGGAACCCUUGAAUUGUGCUAAUUACGUGUUCGUUUG